CGCAAUAAUUGAAUUUGUGGUUACAUGCAGUUGUUAGGUUUCACGGUGUAUACUUCCGGUAAAAUGACAGGAGCUGUCAGUUUAAACCACAUGUGAUACGCAAAGACACUAGAUCUAUACUUUCCUAUAUUGAAAUAAUGGAUAUAUCACCUAUGUUAGAAUGCUUGAGAGCAGCAAAUUGUAAGACGGACAAAGUCAAGGCAAUUAAUAGUAUACUCGAUGUAUUUGAGGGCACUCAAAAAGAAGAAGAAACUGAUGACAUAGCUGAAAGGUUAACAAGUGAGGGUAUACUAGAUGAUCUAAUAAAUGUAUCUGGAGAUGAAGAUACUCUGGCAUCUGUUGGUCAACUUCUUGCUGAGCUAGCAAAAAAUGAAUCUGUUAGAGUGCCGUGUGUUGAGAAAGGUUUUAUUCCCAUUCUACUGAAAGUUCUAGAGAGGCAAGAUGACAUAGAUAGAAUGACACAGGCUUGUCGUGCUCUUGGAAAUAUUUGUUUUGAUAACGAUAUUGGUAGAGCAAAGGUAGAUGAGGAUGACGUAUUUCUAUAUUGCUGACUUACUAAAUUCCCUGCUAGGUAACACCAAAAGUGGCACGGACAAACUGAGGACUAUAGCAUGUGGAUUUCUUCUCAAUCUAACUAACAGUAAUGAAACCCUGCAGAAGAAAGCAUUGGAGGAAGAUGCCUUGAAUCUGAUAGCGAAGUAUCUAAAAAAUUAUGAGACAGAUGAAAGGCUAUGUAACAUGGUUCUUCUUACAAUUGCUAGUCUUACUGACUCAGAGAUGUGUAAAGAGAAAUUAUUGGCAUCAAAUCUUUGCCAAUCUAUGGUUGACUUCUUGCAAACACCUACUGGAGAAGACCAGUAUGAAUCAGUACUGGAUAUUACUCAUAACCUUAUCUGAAUGGGAUGAAGUAAAAGAUUUGUUAGCGCAGACAGAUUUAUGUAAACAACUUAUAAAAAUGGCUCAAGUUACCCUGGGUGAGAACGCAGAAUAUAGUGAAGAUAAUCAGCAGAAGGUGAAGAUGUCUUCAGAUCUUCUUAUAUUGCUUCUAACUGGAGAGAAGAGUAUGGAGAUAUUGUUUGACGGUGGUAAAGGGGAGAUAUUCUCAGAGUCAAUGACCUGGUUAGAUAGUGAUGAACAGCAUCU